GCCGAGCGCUUUCCGGGGCCGUGAGGGGAAAAGCUCGACGUGCCGCGAGAGCCGCUGGCCGAGGCCGGAAGUCGCCGCUGCUUGGGUGCCCGUUGCACGGCUGGUUCCGCCUCGCCUCCUCCGCCCGCGGCCGUUGCUUCGGUUGACCCCGCCCUCUUCCCUCGCGCCCAUGGCCGAGUUCGAUCUCUUCGGCGCGCCUCAGCCGGCGGGCAACGGCGCGCUGGGCGGCGGCGGCGGCGGCGAGGAGGACCCGGCCGCCGCCUUCCUGGCCCAGCAGGAGAACGAGAUCGCCGGCAUCGAGAACGACGAAGGCUACAACAUCCUGGAGAACGGCGAGGUGCCGGCCGGGCUGCAGGGCCCCGAGGGGGUCUCCGCGGAUGCAGUUGAUGGAGUGACAAAUGGUGAUAUCUACCAGGAGAGCAAUGGUCCAACGGACUGCUAUGCUGCUAUUUCACAUGCCGAUCGUCUACAAACAGAACCGGAGAGCAUCCGCAAAUGGAGAGAAGAACAACUGGAGCGCCUAGAAGUUCUCGAUGCAAACUCUCGAAAACAAGAAGCAGAAUGGAAAGAGAAGGCAAUAAAAGAAUUAGAGGAAUGGUAUGCGAGACAAGAUGAACAGCUACAGAAAACAAAAGCUAACAAUAGCACAAACAUAAACCAUCCUUGCUACAGCCUAGAACAGGCAGCUGAAGAAGCCUUUGUGAAUGAUGUGGAUGAAUCCUCCCCGGGCACCGAGUGGGAACGUGUGGCUCGGCUCUGUGACUUUAAUCCCAAGUCAAGCAAGCAGGCGAAGGACGUGUCCCGCAUGCGCUCCGUGUUGAUUUCGCUGAAGCAGGCUCCAUUGGUUCGCUGAAAGGGAAGAUAAAAGCACAUGCGACACUACAAAUGCAAUACCUUUACUCAGAGAAGCUGUGUUUGCAGUAAUUCGAUUAAUUAUGUUUCAAUGUUCUUUUGGACCAAACCUCAUGAUGUAUUUAGAGUUUGAUCAUUGUUUUGUGAUUGCAUGUUCUUCUCUCCAAACGAGUCCUUCCAGUGUUCCAACUGAGAGGAAACUUCCAGAAGUGUAAUCUCAGUGUACUCAUGCAUUGAGAUUUCAUUUUCAGCUGUAAUGAUAUUAAAGGUCUGUUUAAACAGCU